GUGUCUGUGAUGUGAUUUGUGAUUUGCGCACUUCACUGACACGGUGUAAGUUGUAGCAGGCGCUGGACCUAGGCGCUGACAUGGAGAAGCAUCAGGCCGCCGAAGGUGUUGAGUUACUUUCCUCCGUUAAGCACAAUCAAGUUGACAGUCGUCCGCAGGCCUGCUACGAUCCGCAUCAGCACCGCGAUGUGGCGAACCCGACCUCCACCCUGGGAACGUUCGUGCACGUGAUGAAGUCGGCCCUUGGCAUCGGCAUCCUGUCGGUACCGAGCGCGUUCAAGGACGGCGGCCUGGUGUUUGGCGUGCUCGGGGCGUUCUUCUUCGCCAUGCUCUGCUCGCACAGUGCCCACAUCUUGGUCAGCACAUCGUACAAGAUCUGCAAGAAGGAGCGCAUUCCGGUGCUCGGUUUCGGCGAAACAGUCGAAAAGGCGUGCUCCUAUGGGUCGCCCUCGGUCCGCACGAUGGGCACGGUGUUGAGAAACGCCAUCGAUUGGUAUCUGAUGCUGACGACGGUCGUGGUUUUUAUCGUGUUCGUCGGCACGACGCUGCGCGAGGUGAUUAACUUCCGGACCGGGUGGGAGUGGAGCGACCGGACGUACAUCCUGCUGGUCGGCGUGCCGAUCCUGUUCAUCACGCAGAUCCGCGAGAUCAAGUACCUGGUGCCGUUCUCGGCCAUCGCCGGCUUCCUCAUCCUGGCCAACAUCGUCAUCUCGCUGGUGUUCGUGUUCCAGGAACCGCUGUCGCUCGAGGGUCGCCGGCUCUUCCCGACAUCCGCCACCUCCGUGGCACCGUACAUGGGCGUCGUCUACUUUGCCCUCGAUGCGACCUGUCUGAUAUUCCCGCUGGAGAAUCAGAUGCGCCACCCGCGGCACUACCUCGGAUGUCCCGGGAUCGUGAACCUGAACUACGCCUGCCUGGCGGUGCUGUACAGCUUCUUCGGUGCCGUCGGUUACAUCCGGUACGGCGAGGACGUUCGGAGCUCCAUCAUACUAAACUUCCCGACCGAGAACGUGUUGGUGUCCUGCAUUCAGGUACUGUCGGCCGUGGCGGUCCUGUUUUCGAUUGGGCUGAUAUUCUACGUGCCGACGGAGAUCGCCUGGAAGAAGCUACAGCGCCGGGUGCCGAAGGAGUGGAGCGGAUGGGCCCAGAGUGGCCUGCGGUUGGGUAUGCUGGCCCUCAAUAUGGCGGCCGCCUGCGGGAUACCGCACCUGGGCACGUUCAUGGGCCUGCUCGGCUCGGUCCUCAAUCCGAUCCUGGCCCUCUGGAUCCCGAUCGUGGUGGACACGGUGUACCGGUGGCCGAACGGGUUCGGGUGGGCCCGGUGGCGGCUGCUCAAGAACGGGGCCUGCGGGUGCUUCGGGCUGUUCCUGCUCGUCACGGGUGCCAUCUCCAGUGUGGAGAACAUUGUCGCGUUGUAUAGAUAGAGAAUAAAUAGGAUGGGAGCCAUUCACGGUCUGCCGAUCUUUUGGUGAUAACGGUUGGUCAGAAGGUCAGUAGGAGCAUCGCGUACGUGAGGUC